GCACCUGGACGCGCGACAGCUGGAGGCCGCGCCCCGGCCCUGCAGCCCUUCGGCGGCUGCCCCUCGGCCGCCGCCGGCCAUGGCGGGAGGCCACAGCGGCAGCUUCUCGGCGGCGGCAGCGGGCAGUGGCGAGAUCGUGCAGCUCAACGUGGGGGGGACCAGAUUCAGUACCUCAAGACAAACUCUUAUGUGGAUUCCAGAUUCCUUUUUUUCCAGUUUGCUGAGUGGAAGAAUUUCAACACUUCGAGAUGAAACUGGUGCUAUAUUUAUUGAUCGAGAUCCCGCUGCAUUUGCACCCAUUUUAAAUUUCCUUCGGACAAAAGAACUAGACUUACGGGGCGUGAGCGUCAGCGUCCUCAGGCACGAAGCCGAGUUCUACGGCAUCACCCCACUUGUGAGGCGACUUCUCCUGUGUGAAGAGCUGGAGCGGUCAUCUUGUGGCAGUGUCCUCUUCCACGGCUACCUGCCACCCCCAGGGAUCCCGACUCGUAAGAUCAACAAUGCAGCCAGAUCCCCUCCUGAUUCCAGGAAUGGGCUUGGUGUACCAGAAGGGGACCCCAGAACCAGUGGUCCCCAGCCAGCCCUCUGUGGGGCUGGAGAAGGGACUGCCCGGCCAGGGUUUCCCGUGGAUCCUCGGAAAGUGCUCCUUGUGGCCGGGCAUCACAACUGGAUCGUGGCCGCCUACGCCCACUUCGCUGUGUGCUACAGGAUCAAAGAGUCCUCAGGCUGGCAGCAGGUGUUUACCAGCCCCUACCUGGACUGGACCAUCGAGCGUGUUGCUCUCAACGCCAAAGUGGUGGGGGGCCCACACGGGGACAAGGACAAGAUGGUGGCCGUGGCCUCGGAGAGCAGCAUCAUCCUGUGGAGUGUGCAGGACGGUGGCAGCGGGAGUGAGAUAGGUGUGUUCAGCUUGGGAGUGCCCGUGGAUGCACUCUUCUUCAUCGGCAACCAGCUGGUGGCUACGAGCCACACAGGGAAGGUGGGAGUGUGGAAUGCUGUCACCCAGCACUGGCAGGUUCAAGACGUCGUCCCCAUAACCAGCUAUGACACUGCUGGCUCCUUCCUCCUCCUGGGAUGUAACAACGGCUCCAUCUAUUACAUUGACAUGCAGAAGUUCCCUUUGCGCAUGAAGGACAAUGACCUGCUAGUGACAGAGCUGUACCACGACCCUUCCAAUGAUGCCGUCACGGCCCUCAGCGUUUAUCUUACGCCUAAAACAAGUGUCAGCGGAAACUGGAUCGAGAUUGCCUAUGGCACCAGCUCUGGGGCUGUGCGUGUGAUUGUGCAGCAUCCUGAGACGGUGGGCUCUGGUCCUCAACUCUUUCAGACUUUCACAGUACACCGAAGUCCUGUCACCAAGAUCAUGCUCUCUGAGAAGCACCUCGUGUCAGUGUGUGCGGAUAACAACCAUGUGCGAACAUGGACUGUGACCCGGUUCCGUGGCAUGAUCUCCACCCAGCCUGGCUCCACACCCCUGGCGUCCUUCAAGAUUCUGUCCCUGGAGGAGACAGAUAGUCAUGUGGGCAGUGCGUCGGGAAAUGACAUCGGGCCUUUUGGGGAGCGCGACGACCAGCAGGUCUUCGUCCAGAAAGUUGUCCCCAUCACGAAUAAGCUGCUGGUCCGGCUGUCGUCGACAGGGAAGAGGAUCUGCGAGAUUCAGGCCGUGGACUGCACCACUAUCUCGUCCUUCACAGUGCGUGAGUGCGAGGGCUCCAGCCGGAUGGGCUCCCGGCCUCGACGCUACCUAUUCACAGGACACACUAAUGGCAGCAUCCAGAUGUGGGACCUAACCACCGCCAUGGACAUGGUGAACAAGUGCGAGGACAAGGAUGUGGGCGGCCCCACGGAGGAGGAGCUGCUGAAGCUGCUGGACCAGUGUGACCUGAGCGCAUCACGCUGUGCCACCCCCAACAUCAGCCCGGCUGCCUCAGUACUACAGCCUGGCCGACUGCGAGAGUCCAGUUCCAGCCUGCAGCUUCAGCACCACGAACCCAUCCCUGAGGCAGCCACGUAUGGCUCAGUGAGGCCAUACCGGGAGAGCCCGCUGCUGGCGCGGGCCCGGAGAACUGAGAGCUUCCACAGCUGUAGGGACUUCCAGGCACUGAGUCUGGGCCGAAGUGGCUGCAGUGCCGAGCGGGCUGGCCCUGACACCGGGAACCAGGCCCUGGCAUCCAGCGAAGGCCCCGUGUCUGAGAGAACAUCCCUAGGUACUGAGGGCACCAGCCUGCGAGAGCCUGAUGGCAGCAGUGGGCCAGAGCCCCAUCGAGGAGCUGAAGCUCUGUCUGAACCCAAGAAAAGGGCCUCAGAGGAUGAGAGUGAGAGCCGGGAGCUGCGCAGGAGAGGCGGGUCAGAUGGGGGUGGGCUGCUGGGCCGCAGGAAGGUGCCACAUGGGGCUAUCUCCCCUGGCAUGUCAGAUGGAGGAGGCGGUGGUGGAGGAGGUGGAGAUUCAUCUGGUACUGCAUCCCCGUCCCCCACUAAGACCACGCCAUCUCCCCGACAGAAGAAGAGCGACUCUUCAGGUCAGGAGUAUAGCUUGUGAGGCCACUCACACAGCAAGUGGGAUUUUGCUCUACGGCAUCUUUUACAUUUCCUCAGACACCGAAACUUGAUCUCAUUGGUUUCUCUAACAGAAUUAUGAACAUGAGGAAAACAAUAACAACCUGUUCUUCCAAGCCUUUUGGAAAUUUUUUUUUUUAGUUUUAUGAAAGUCUAUUUCCCAGGAUGUUUG